AUGGAAGAAUGGAAUCAAACCACUACUGGUUUCUUCUUACUGGGGCUGUUUCCCCCAACAAAAAUUGGCCUGUCCCUCUUCCUACUGGUCAUCCUCAUCUUUCUAAUUGCAUUCUUGGGUAACUCAACCAUGAUUCUCCUCAUCUGGAUGGAUCACCACCUCCACACACCCAUGUACUUUCUACUCAGUCAACUCUCUCUCAUGGACCUCAUGUACAUUUGCAGUACAGUUCCCAAGAUGGCUGUCAGCUUCCUGUCUAGGGACAAUUCCAUUUCCUUGGUGGGUUGUGGUUUCCAAAGUGUCUGUUUCUUAACUAUGGCAUGUGCUGAAGGGUUGCUCCUGGCAUCUAUGGCCUAUGACCGUUAUGUGGCCAUUUGCCGCCCCCUCCAUUAUCCCAUUCUCAUGAACAAGAGAAUGUGCUUGCUGAUGAUUGCUGGGUCUUGGGUCUCUUCAUCCAUCAAUGCCAUUUUCCAUACAGUGUAUGCACUCUCCAUGCCCUAUUGUAAGUCCAGAAUCAUUAAUCAUUUCUUUUGUGAUAUCCCAGCCAUGGUGCCUCUGGCCUGCAUAGAUACCUGGGCCUAUGAGUACACAGUGCUCUUCAGCACCAACCUGUUUCUUUUGGUCCCUUUCCUUGGCAUCAUGGCUUCCUAUGGUAGGGUACUCUAUGCUGUCCAUCAUAUGCGCUCAUCACAGGGCAAGAAGAAAGCCUUUACUACCUGCUCAACUCACCUGACUGUGGUCACUUUUUACUAUGCCCCAUUUGUGUAUACAUAUCUGAGGCCCCCAUCUCUGCGUUCCCCAGAAGAGGGCAAGAACUUAGCUGUCUUCUACACCAUCCUCACUCCUAUGCUCAACCCCAUCAUCUAUAGCCUGAGGAAUAAGGAAGUGUUGGGGGCCUUCCAGAGAAUCUUUGGGAGAUCCUUAUCCCAAAAAGAGUAG